AAGUUGUGAAAACUACAGUAUAAUCCAUUUCAUGAUUGCCUGUUUGAAGCGCUUGUCUUGUGAAACUGCGGUUUCGUUCUCUCUUUAUUCACUUCAAUCAUGGACUGGCUUUAGCAGGGGAUUAAUGUGCAUUUCUUUAAGUCCAUGCCUUCCACUAGAAAGCCGUGUGGCGGUCGAAGGAGACGCGGUUGGGUUUUGUGUUUGUUCGCAUGCCUUCUUGUAAACUUGUCUGAUGAAACUCCAUUCGACUGUUCGCGGAAUUCUACAAUUUCGACCAGCGCGAAAGAAUCUUUCUUCGAUUACAAGACUUCUGUUGUAGAGAACGAAUACAUAGUUGUCUUCAAUGGUUACUACAGCACCUCAGCUCGUGAUGGGUAUGUCAUGGCAGCCCUUGACUCAUCUGCUGUUAAUUCCUGGAAGAUCAUUCCCCGCCACAAUCCUGCCAGUGACUAUCCUAGUGACUUUUCACUUGUUAAGUUAAAAGGAGACACAAGUAAUGGAGUAGAUGCAUUAAAGAAACAUCCUAAGGUCCGGAGCGUUACACCUCAAAAGAGAGUAGAAAGGUUUCUCAAGAGUGUAGAAGUGAAAGAAAAUGAUUCUGAUAGUAAAAGAAGUGAGGCAGAUGUUGAUUGCGCUGAGCAGGAUGUUGGUUGUUGGUCACAAGUUUGGAGUGCCAGGAGAACAACACGAUCCAGUCUUGCAUUGAGUCAUAACCUCUUCCAGUCUCAACUUCGUCAUAAUCCUGGACGCAGGAUAUUAAGAUCCGUUCCUAGACAGAUUGUUCAUGUACUGCAGGCUGAUGUGUUAUGGAGUAUGGGUCAUACAGGUGAUGGGGUGAAGGUGGCCAUUUUUGACACUGGAUUACCAAAGAAUCAUCCUCAUUUUAGAAAGGUUAUGGACCGAACCAACUGGACAGAGGAAAAGACACUGGAUGAUGGUCUUGGCCAUGGUACCUUUGUUGCUGGUGUUGUUGCUAGUUCACGUGAGUGCCUGGGUUUUGCUCCUGAUGCAGAACUUCAUAUCUUCAGAGUGUUUACUAACAGCCAGGUGUCAUACACAUCUUGGUUUCUUGAUGCUUUUAACUAUGCUAUCCUGAAAAAAGUCAACGUUCUGAAUUUGAGCAUUGGUGGUCCUGAUUUUAUGGAUCAGCCCUUUGUUGACAAGGUCUGGGAACUCACUGCAAAUGGCGUAGUAAUGGUAUCAGCAAUUGGUAACGAUGGACCACUGUAUGGAACAUUAAACAAUCCCGCUGAUCAGAUGGAUGUUAUUGGUGUUGGUGGUAUCAACUUUGAAGAUCACAUUGCAAGAUUUUCCUCCAGAGGAAUGACCACAUGGGAAUUACCAGGUGGAUAUGGACGAGUCAAACCAGAUGUUGUGACCUACGGUUCUGGAGUGCGAGGUUCUAGUCUCAAAGGUGGAUGUCGCUCAUUAUCUGGCACUAGUGUUGCCUCACCUGUGGUGGCAGGUGCAGUUUCUCUCUUACUCAGUGCUGUUCAGCACCGUGGAAACAGUGUAAAUCCUGCCAGUGUCAAACAGGCCCUCAUGGCAUCAGCUCGACGUCUUCCAGGAUUCAACAUUUUUGAACAAGGUCAUGGCAAGCUUGAUCUCAUCAAAGCUUAUCAAAUACUGAGUAACUACAAGCCUCAGGCCAGUUUGAGUCCUGCUUACAUAGACUUGACAGAGUGUCCUUACAUGUGGCCAUACUGCACACAGCCAUUGUACUACAGCGGAAUGCCGACCAUUGUAAAUAUCACUAUUUUAAAUGGAAUGGGUGUAACUGGACAAAUCGAAGGAAAGCCAACAUGGCACCCAUAUCUGCCCCAGAAUGGAGACUAUAUCCAGGUUGGCUUUUCGUAUUCAUCUGUUCUGUGGCCUUGGUCUGGCUAUCUGGCUGUUGUCAUCACUCCCGCAAAGAAGGCAGAAUCAUGGGAAGGCAUAGCGCAAGGUCACGUGUCACUGACUGUCGUGUCCCCACCACAGGAAUUUGACAUAGACCCAAGACGAUCCACCAUCAAACUGCCAGUUCGUGUCAAAGUGAUUCCUACUCCACCCAGGAGUAAACGUUUGCUGUGGGACCAGUAUCACAACCUUCGCUAUCCCUCCGGAUAUUUUCCUCGAGACAACUUGAAAAUGAGGAACGAUCCUUUAGAUUGGAACGGUGAUCACAUUCACACCAACUUCAAGGAUAUGUACAUGCACCUCAGGAAUGCUGGGUAUUUUGUGGAAGUUCUAGGCGCUCCUUUUACGUGUUUUGAUGCUUCACAGUACAGUACCCUGCUUCUUGUUGACAGCGAAGAAGAGUACUUUGCCGAGGAAGUGACGAAGCUGAGGGAAGACGUGGAAGAGAAAGGCCUGUCAGUGAUUGUGGUGGGCGACUGGUUUAAUGUACCAGUCAUGAGAAAGAUCAAGUUUUACGAUGAGAACACGAGGCAGUGGUGGAUGCCGGACACUGGAGGCGUUAAUGUGCCAGCUAUCAAUUCCUUACUCUCGCACUGGGACAUGGCUUUCAGUGAUCAAGUGUAUGAGGGGGAGUUCACCAUUGGAGACAAUAAAGUCUUGUACUCAUCCGGGACAAGCAUAGCCUCGUUCCCAUCGGACGGUCUGGUUGUAAAACAGAAAUUGAAUCAUCAGGGAAACGAGGUUGUGACGGGGGAGACUAAGAUCGAGGAGGAUGUGGCAGUGUUGGGACUUUAUCAGGUACCAGGUCCGACGAGCGGGAGAAUCGUUCUGUAUGGUGACUCAAAUUGCCUUGACAAUGCACACAUGGAAAAAGACUGUUUCUGGCUGUUGGACUUGUUACUGGACUUCACAUCAAACCAUGUCAUGUCUCCGGUGCUGAAGGAUCUGAGCAGCGGACCUCCUAAACCUGCUGAAUCAGUCCCUGAAAGAAUGGAUGGAAAUCACCUUCACAAAUACUCAAAAGUCUUGGACCCCACCCAACUUGGAGCCAUUGAGACGGUUCCUUUACCAGAGUGUCCCGCGCAGGCGUGGAGCAAACCAGACCCCCUCAACAUUACGGCCCCGGAGAACCUCCACAAGCAAAGAUGGCUCUUAUCAGUCAAUCUAGAUCAGCUACCCGUCAUCGUACCACGUCACGUGCAGCGAGUAGCUCCAUACCCGGAUGUGGCGGAUUCGGACCCGGAUGAACUUCCUGCUGUGCACAUGAGUGUAAUGUCCACCCUACCCCUGUACGUGGUGCUAUUCUCGGCACUGAUAGUGUUUUACUGCGCUAACAAGUAUUUUGCUUGGCAACAAACGUUGGAGGUUGUUCAAUUGAUCAGCUUGCAGAGCCAGGCACGUUGCCAGGUUAAACUGCCGUUUUGGAGUCAUCUUUACAGCGGCAUAAAACUUGCUUACCAAGACGGCGAAAAACAGUUGUACAAUAGGGUUUCAAAAUUUGCGAGCAAGUUUAGUUUCGGGAAACCUUUCUUCGAGGAUCUUUACAUGCUUGAGAAGUUUUUAUUAGUAUUCACCCAGUCUGUUACUGCUUAG